AUUCUUCCGCCCUCACGCAAUUAUCGCAAGUUCAAGUCCAGUUCACCUCGCAAUUGACCAAUUUUACACCCACCAACGGUGCAAACAUAUCUUCUGAUGGAGUCCGUUACCGUCAAAAAUUUACUAGUACAAAAUCACCAGAAAAUACUAGUAUUACCUAUAUAGCCUGACCUAGAGCGUCUUUCUGCACAACUAUAUCAUUCCGGAUUCAUACUCAAAGACCAGCAAACCCGCCAGUAAAAGAUGGCCACCAGCGAAACAGCCUUCGCCUACCACGAGCCAGCCAUUAGCACAAUCCUGAACCAAACAGGCUUCCUGCUAGUUCUCAAUCUAGUCAAUGUGUGCCUCGACAAACUCGUCUACUGUGGACUAAUCGGCCAGCUCUUCAUCGGCAUCCUCUGGGGCACUCCUGGCGCAAAAUGGCUUACCCGCGACAUGGAAACUGUGAUCCAGCAGCUCGGCUACCUUGGUUUGAUAAUGCUCGUCUACGAAGGCGGGCUAUCGACGUCCCUGCCGUCCCUGAAAGCGAACCUGCUACUUUCACUCGCAGUAGCCAUCACCGGCAUCGGCGCUCCAAUGGGCCUCUCCUUCAUUCUAACCGAGCUGGUAGCCGCAACGCCCCUCCAGGCCUUCUCCGCCGGAGCGGCUCUCAGCGCAACCAGUCUAGGAACCACGUUCACCAUCCUCUCCACUACGGAUCUGAUCAAGACCCGACUGGGAACGGUUACCACCGGCGCAGCCAUGCUAGAUGAUGUCGUGGGACUGGUACUGGUCCAGAUCAUCACCAAUCUAGGCGGGAAUAGUGAUUCGUUUAGUGCGGUGACUGUUGUACGGCCCGUUUUUGUUUCGAUCGGGUUCGGGGUUGGUGUGGUGCUUUGGUGUCUGUUGGGCAUUAGACCUGCGUUGAAGGUCAUUCUUGCCCAUAAGCAUAGAUUCCCCGAGUUUACGGGGACGGUUCAGUUUUAUUUUCUGGUGAAUACGUGUUUGCUGGUGGGCAUGGUGGCUGGGGCUACUUAUGCGGGCACGUCUAGUCUCUUUGCUGCGUAUCUGGCUGGCGUGAUGACGUCUUGGAUGGAUGACUUUGUGAGGGAGAAUUCGGGGACAGUGGAUGCUGCUAAUGCUACCGCGUCUACUGAAUCAACUACGGGAAAUACCUCUCAAGAGGAGGAUUCCAAUCAGGAUGACCAGACCACUGGCCAACAGACUGCCAGCCCAAAACAUGAGACUCCUACCGGCAGUUUGGUCUACGAAAAAUACUACCAUGAACCGGUGACCAGGAUCCUGGUCCCUCUGUUCUUCGCCUCAAUCGGCUUCGCCAUCCCCAUCACAGAAAUGUUCAACGGAAAAAUAGUCUGGCGUGGCGUCGUCUACGCCAUCCUCAUGACAUUCGGCAAGUUGAUCACCGGUCUCUGGCUCGUGCGGUUCUCGUCUCGACCCGUUUCAAGUGUUCUCCAGAUUCUCAAGAAACCUUUUUCUCGGGUAGUUCUAUUCUGCGCGAGUCCCAGAGCCGGGUCUAAGAAGCAACAGAAGGAGAACCAAGAAACUCAAUCGCAGGAUCCCCCAAGCCUCCAAGACAAGUCACAAGACCAACCAACACCAGCCCAACCAACUACCCAAGCACGCGAAGCUAUCAACAGCGAACCUACAGCUCAAAACUCACAACCUACCUCGACUCUCCCGCCGAGGCCCAAAUCACUCUAUCCCGCUUCAAUCCUGGGCCUGGCGAUGGUCUCCCGCGGCGAAGUCGGGUACCUCAUUGCUUCGCUCGCCGAGUCAAAGGGGAUCUUUGGGACUAGCUCUAGUGGUGGCUCGUCCGAGACAUAUCUGGUGAUUGUUUGGGCGAUUUCGCUGUGUACGCUUUGGGGGCCGAUUUGUGUCGGGACGUUGGUCAAGAGGGUGAAGACUUUGCAGAGGAUGAGGGAAGAUCGGGGUGGGGAGGAUCCGUUGGGUGUUUGGGGGAUUUAG